CCACGCAAGCGCAUGCGCGCGUAUGCUCAUGUCCGGCGCUGGGUGGUGGCGCGGGGCGUUUCGCGCAGCGCAGUCAUGGCGGGGGCACUGAGGAAGACCACUGGACUUGUAGGAUUGGCUGUAGCUGAAAACCCUCAUGAGCGCCUGCGAAUACUGUACACAAAAAUCCUUGGUGUCCUGCAAAACAUUCCCAAAGAUGCAGCAUAUAGGAAAUACACUGAGCAGAUUGUAAAUCAGCGAUUUAAUUUGGUGCAAACGGAGACUGAUGUGCAAAAACUGCAGGACAAACUGAAUAGUGGUCACAUAGAAGAAGUCAUUGUACAGGCUGAAAAUGAGCUUUCCCUGGCAAGAAAAAUGAUGCAGUGGAAACCAUGGGAGCCUCUAGUUGAAGAACCUCCUUCUGACCAGUGGAGAUGGCCAGUGUAAUUUUCAAGAUGGUGUAACCUCUUAAAAGUAAAAAAAAAGUUAAUUAUUAAUCUAUUGUUACUGACAGUUGUCUUUAAAUUAAAGAUAAUAACUUCAUAAAAACAUGUUUUGUCCUAAUGGCCACUUACAUUUAGCAGUCUAAAGACUGCUUCCAAUUUCUUGCAAAAAUGGUUUUAAGAAAAUUCUUUUCAGCUGUUGGUUUCAGCCUUUGGUUUUUUUCCUUCUGUAAUUUAUUAUUAACAGGGGA